AACCUGGCUUCAACGUUGUUGCCACCUCGUCUUAAUGAUGUAGUUACCAAGUCACAGUAAAAGAAAGAAAAAAGUAAAUAUCUGAUCGGUCUCGUGUGUUCGCACAAACAUUCCUCCGAAGAUGUGCGUCUAACCUAGCGAAAGCACUCAGGUGUUGCCUUUUUAACAACUAUGGCACCUGUGUUCACCACGUCAUAAAAUGACAACCGAGGGGAGGGUAUCAGGAUAUUCAUUAGCAUACCUGAUUUACGGGAAAGCACUAAAUCCAUAAGGAUCAACACAACACCUGGGGAACAGAAGCACAGUUAUGGAGACGGGAAAGAGUCAGGAGCAGUUGGUGGAGGCGGCGCAGGAAGGACGUGCUGGAGGCAUAUGGAGGCGAAGGACUCGCCUGGAGAAGGUGCUGAUAGGGAUAUCAGGGGUGGCAUUGCUCGCCUGCAUGGCUCUGGUCGGUGUGGUCGCCGUCGGGAGACCAGAAACCUCGCCUGCCAAUAGGGAGGCUGCACCUACGAUCCGUCUCCAAGCAUCACCGCAGAGGACGGAAGAACAUGUUCAAGUAAAUCCCGAGGAAACCUUAUCAAACGUGAAGCUUAUGGCAUCGCAAAAGCAGGCGCCACGUCUUCCUGUGUAUCAUGCUCGAACUGACGAUGGCGCCGAGUUUGAGAUCUGCAGCACGAUCGAGUGUACCCUGGCUGCCGCCUCCAUCAUCGAGGCCAUGGAUGCCACUAUCGACCCUUGCCAGGACUUCUUUCAGUUUGCUUGUGGCAACUGGAUAAUUGAAAACCCAGUGCCAGAGGAGUCGUCAAGCUGGGUUCAGUUUGAUCUUCUUGAUCGAGAGUUAAGUAAUGCCUUGAGCAGCAUCCUCUCAGAGCCUCAGAAUCCACAGGAUCUAAAACCCAUUAAUGACGCUAAAAACUUUUAUGCUGCCUGUAUUAAUGAAGAACUUCUGGAAACAAUCGGUGUGACUCCCUUAACCAACUUACUCUCGCAGUUCGGCGGCUGGCCUAUGACCUUGAAUGAGUGGAGUGAAGCUGCAUUUGACUGGCAGACCUCAGUUGCCGAGGCAAGAAGACAACUGGCUGCAGGUUAUUUAAUAAAUGUGUGGGCAUAUGCUGACGAAAAAGACACUGAUAUAACAGCGAUAUACAUAGACCAGACAUCCCUGGGUAUGCCGAGAUCGAUUCUAACAUCUCCAGCCAACUAUGAGGAGAUAAUUAAUGCCUAUAAGACGUACAUGUCCUCCACUGCCUCGAUAAUAUCCACAUCAUUACAGGAAAAUAUUACUGUCAGUAAUGCAGAAGUAUCCGAUGUUGUUGACUUUGAAAUGGCUCUUGCCAACAUCACUACACCGGAUGAAGAUAGGCGGGACAUGAAUCGCAUGUACAACCCAAUGACAGUAUCAGAGCUGAGCGAAUUGACAGCUGAUUCCGAUAUCGACUGGAUACAGAUGCUGACUACCAUGUUUGCCUCGACGGAAGUCUCCAUUGAUACCUCCACGAGGGUGAUUGUGCAAGAGCCUGAGUAUCUUGUAAAGCUCACAACUCUUGUUGCAGCAACAAGCACUCGUACACUUUCAAACUACAUCAUGUGGCGACUUGUGAAGGCCUUGGGCGACGAGACCAACCUGGCCAUGCGCGAGGCCUCCUUCCAGUAUCAGAUGGUAGCCAGCGGCGUAAAGGCUCAGGAGCCACGCUGGAAAAUCUGCGCUGAUAAAGUCAACAACUUCAUGGGUAUGGCUGUAGGUAUAAAGUACGUGGAGACCUAUUUUUCUCAACAGGCCAAAGACGAGGCUAACGAGAUGGUGGAAGACAUCCGUUCAGCCUUUAAAGAUUUGCUGGAUAUCAACGAAUGGAUGGAUGACGAAACUAAACCCAAGGCUGUGGAGAAGGCAGAUGCUAUCACCAAGCUUAUUGCAUAUCCUGACUGGUAUGGGAACAAUUCUGCUAUGGAGUUGUAUUACAGCGGCCUCCAGGACACAGCCAAUGACACGCACUUCCUCAACGUACAGAAGCUCAGCUUGUGGACGAGCACUGACGAGCUGGAGGAGGUGGGUCACCCCACCAAGAGAGACAAGUGGUACUUCCCCCCCACUAUCGUCAAUGCCAUGUACAUGCCGGAGUUCAAUUCGAUCACCUUCCCCGCGGGCAUCCUUCAACCGCCCUUCUACCGCGCCAAUUCCCUUCAAGCUCUCAACUACGGAGGUAUCGGACAGGUCAUAGGCCACGAGAUCACUCACGGGUUCGAUGACGAGGGACGACAGAACGACUUGCACGGCAACGCCGUACCGUGGUGGAGCAACGCCACCCUGGAAGCUUUCCAAGAGCACGCUCAGUGUAUCGUCGACCAGUACGGCAGCAUACGUGUGCCGGAGAUUGACGCUCUCCUCCCUAAUGCUACUUUGAAUGGUGUCAACACGCAGGGUGAGAACAUUGCGGACAACGGGGGCCUCCGAGAGGCGCUCUUGGCCUACAAUAAGUACGUUGAGAGGUAUGGCGAGGAGCCUCGCUUGCCUGGCCUCACAGAAUACACCCCAUACCAGCUGUUCUUCCUCUCCAACGCUAACAUCUGGUGUGGCUCCUACACCACCGAGGGACUGUUCAACCAGGUGCUGACAAACGUACACUCUCCAGGCAAGUACAGAGUGCUCGUGCCGAUGGGAAACAUGGAGCAGUUCUCAGAAAUCUGGAGCUGUCCUGCUGGCUCGCCCAUGAACCCAGAGAAGAAGUGUGUUGUUUGGUAGUAGCACUUUGCUACCGUCUUCCCGCUUCGCUCUCAGUCUUCUCUUUCUCUUAGAAUAUCAACUGCCAUAGCUUAGUGGUAAGAGUCACGGCUUUUACCAUCGAGGUCCAGGGACCAAAUCCCCGGCUGGAAACAAAAAAGAGCAGCUUCCCUCUUAUUCUUACUUCCAUCUCUUGUUCUUACUUCCAUCCUCUUGUUCUUACUUCCAUCCUCUUGUUAUUCUGUUGGUUUAUGACUCAUAGAGCAAUAAAAGGGUAAAAAAAAGCA